AUGGCAUCUGAAAAAGUAACAAUUGAACAAGCGGUCCAAAAAUUAUCGGAAGCAAAUAACAACAGCAAUACGCGUCUGAAUGCGCUCGAGGCAAAACUAGAUGAAAUUCACCUCAAUUUAAUAGAACAGCAUAAAAAUAUGAACAUGGACGUACCAAAUGAAAUGAUGAAUGUACAAGAAAAAAUGAUAAAUCAAAUCGAAACCAUUCAAAAAAGAACAGAAGAAUUGCAAGCCACAACAACGUCCAAAUUAGAAGAAAAACAACAACAGUGGGAGCAAUUAACAAACAAUAUUCGAGAUAUGAGAACAGAAAUGAAAACAAAUUGUGAGGCGCUGGAAACAAAAGCAUUACGAAAAAAUGAUCAAAAUCAACUAAUGGAAGAGAACGUAUCCACGCCUCACACACAACUUAAUUCAUCAGCAAUCAAUGAAUCAUUUGAUAAUGGUGAAUCCGAUCACCACAAUAUAACAGAACAAAGACAACAGGCUGAGAAUAAUGCACGACAAAUGUUAUUAAAUGAACGUCCCGCUCAAACAGCACACACCAUCAUUAUCCCACCAUCAUCAUCAAUACCAACAUUUAGUGGAAGCACCUUUGAAAGUCCUCGUACGGUCCUUGAGUGGUACUGCCAACUACGUGUCUCAAAUCGACGUCCACAAGCUUGGAUCGAAUUCAAGAUAAUUUUUCUCAAUCAAUUUAACUCACCAAUCCGACGUGCACGACAAGAACAACAAUGGAAAGACUGUAAACAAGAAGAAGAUGAAACAAUUAAUGAGUUCAUCGUUCGACUUCGUGCCCUCUGGCAAGAACAAAAGCCGAAUGAAACAGAAAAUGAUCCCAUCCGACACCUGAUGUGUAAGAUGAGAAACAAUUUAUUAACGAUGAUUGGAAUAUCCCGAUGUGAAUCAUUAGAUGAAAUUAUCACUGAAGCUCCAAAAAUUGAAGAAAUACUCUAUCAGCGAAACAAACAACAACAUAGAAAUGAUAACCACGACUUAUUGCACAAUGAUAUAGCAACAACAGCAAUGUAUAACAACGAUGAUCAUCACGAGGUGCAAACAAUGUUAGCUCAUCAAACGAACCAACAAACAAAAUCAAACAACAGAGGAAAUUUUACGUCGAAUAGAAAUGGCAAUUAUAAUGUCACACCUCGACAAUCAUAUUAUUCAACACAAGGCACACGUAAACAACGCAACUUAUAUUCAUUAAAUGAGACAAAAUGUUACAUGUGUGGAAGAAAAGGACACUUCAGAAAAGACUGUCCAUAUCAAUACAAUACUUAUCAACAACAGAAUACUUGGCAUUAUUCAAAAAACGCCGAUGGAGCGCACGAUGGACGGGACCAUGGCGCUCCAAACUAA